CAGCAGGACAGGGGAGUUCUGUGACUCUGAACACAAGUGGAGGAGACAUCAGACUCCAUUUAUUUCUGCUCUUUUGCAUCUCUAUUGCUUUUUUCUUCAGAGAAGUCCUGAGUGCUGGCUGAGAAAAGUGUAAAUGAGUGGUCAUUUGUGCUGAAUAAUGAUGACACUCUACUGGUGUUUCUGCCUGGCUGUGGCCCUUUUUUCUGUCCCUGGUGCCAUCAUUGCCCUGGCACCUGAAAAUGAAGUGCCAUUACACCCCACAACAUGGCUAGGUGAGAACAAGGUCACAUCGGUACAUCUGCCUAAAGGACGUGCUCGCAGACUGUAUUUCACAUUAAAGAAGAGAGCAGAUUUGAUGUUUGUUACUGUAAGCCCCUGCGCAGUGCCCAUCGAAUGGAGCUUGGCUGUUCGGACCCUGAAGGAUAAACCACCUAAGAAACCCCAUUGGAGCUCAAAAAAGAGCAUGCCUGAGGUUUGGUGGAGAGGAUCUGGCAGAGAAGUCAGGAUCUACACUUACACUGGCAAUGCUGUAGACACCUACACCGGUCCCGCCUAUGCUCCAGCAUCCAUCUACAUCCUACGGCUGAAAUCAAAUGAGCAGGACACCCAGGUGUCUGCGUACCUCCAUGAAGGCCCUGGUCCUUCAGGGGCUUUCCCAGAGCUGCCGUCCGACCCUAGAGUGCACACACUGGGGGUGGGCAUGACCAGUGUCACCUUGAGUUGGUCUCCAAGCUCAUCUGUUGUUGUUAAAAAUGGUCAUGAUGGUAAUCAGCCGUAUCAGGAAUACUGUGUCUUAAUAAACCACAAACAUAACUACCGAAGUCUUUGCGCUGCUCGUGAUGGAAUCAGAAAGGAGAGACAGAAUGUACAGAAAAGAGAGAGGAGAGAAAAACAAGGCAAAGAGAUUGUGUGGGCAACGCUUAAAGACUGGUGGUGGCAGCAACCAGAUGCCCUUGAGGAUCAUGAAUCAUCCUUGUGGGACAACUUUGAGGAUCCUGGAUGUGUGUGCAGGGAUGUAGAAAGUGUGUGCACAGUAUCAGACCUGCUUCCAGAUACACAAUACUACUUUGAUGUGUUUGUGGUGGACAGAGUUAAUGGCACUAGUGCGGCAUACACUGGCACCUUUGCCCGCACACACGAGGAGGCUCGGCCAGCUGUCACAUCCUUACGAGAGGGCCAGGUCAAAUGGGUCACCCUGAGUGGGGAUGCAAGCAGUCAACAGGGGGAAAAGUUGUUCCAGUUUAAGCCUCGUGGGUGGCAACAGAAUGGCCUCCUCACCCUGCACACCUGCAAUGGCACUAGUAAAGUCAAGGUUACUGUUUCCAGUAAAGGACGGGUGCUGUCUUCUGAGGAAGUGGGACACCAGCUUGCCCAGAUAUGGUUGCAUGGUGGCCCAUCAUACCUCAUCCAGCUUCAGGCUUUGGUUCCAGGAUCUUCUUCAUCUUCAGUCUCUAAGGAUGAUUCAAGCAAGUCCAAAUUCAGUCUCAAAAUGCAGGCAUCAUCAGCAUACCACCGCAGAGCAGUGCCAGUGUUUCCUGCCACGCUGCAGAUGAAAUCUUUCAACAAGCUGCGGACCUGCAACUCCGUUACAAUUGCCUGGAUGGGGACAGAAGAGCGAAGUCUCUAUUGUGUUUAUCGGCGGCAGAUCCCACUUGAUUCAAAAGACAAACACAGCUCUACAGACCGCUGCACUGACCCAGAGUCUCGACCAGCCAAAGAGAGAGUCCUCUGUAAGUAUUUCCAAGAGCUUAACCCACGUCGGGCGGUCACAACAGCUGUGAUUGGAGGAUUGGAUCCAGGGGUGGCAUAUGUGUUUGACGUCUACCUUAUGAGACGCUGGGGACUUCCAAUUAAGUACCACAGUAAGAUGGUGAGAACCAGGAGUGAAUGUUGAGUGGACAAGGGGACAUCUCAGAAGCAUCUCACUCUUGAGUAGAGAAGGACUCAAUUAAGAGACAUUAAGCCACAGGGAAGCCAUGAUAAGGCCAGAAAGGGAACUGUUGGGGGCCAAGAUCUGAUGCAGUGGAGAUCAGAUGUGACCACUGACAUAUAAACACACUAAAGGAAUUCUACAUCCUCAUUGAGAUCACUGAGACAUAUGCCAACACUCAUAAACACAGAUAGCAAGAGAGGUGAGAUCCAGCUCACACCAGCAAAGACUUUACUGUACGAUGAUGCUGUACUAAUGUUUAUGUUCUUGUUUAUGGGUGUGAUGCUGUCUCUGUUUUUAAUUAUACAGUACUGAGUGUCUGAAUAACAGAGAAAUUCUCUCAUCUCUCACACAAAAGGUGACUGUGCCCAGAGCUGUGUAUCAGAUCUCUCAAUCUGCCACCAGUAUCAAAGAAAGUCCCAGAGAGUGAGGGAGGGGUGGGGGAGAAGAGAGAUGGAGAGAGAGAAAGAGAAGGGGAGCAAAAGAGCUGUGUGAAGUCAGUGUGUUGAAUAUGCUCUGCUAAAGCAUGCGGCAGGGAACAACAAGUUACCAUUUUGCUUCACUGUCUUUGAUGUGAUUAUUGUGCUGCGCAUUUGCACACUAAU